CAGAUUUCCUUUAAAUAGGGUUUGUCCAUACCCAGACAUAAUGAUCUGGUGCUUUUUAUUCACCCCCACCCCAUUUCCAUGACUCUUAUGUGAAAACCCCUCAUCCCCUUGUUUGCUAACAAAACCAAAACCCAGUGCCUCCCGACAACUGACAGGUCCAAGGGCUGCCUCCAUGGUAUAUGCACCCCUAAAUGGACCUGGACAUGCGGUACAUGUAGAACUGUGUUAGACAUGUAUGCCGUCUUUUCCCAUUUCUUGGCCCAUCAGGGUCUAUUUAUAUCCCAGCCUUAGCUCGUGGAAGCUUCCAUAUCAGGAGUAAGAAAGAAAAAGGCAGAUCCAACAGGCCCCAAAAGAAGAGCACAGGUUAUCUGAACGUGGUUUCCAUUAUUCCUCAUCAUGCAGAUGGACAUUGAUAUUAGAUGUAAGCAUCAACAUAGUAAUAAACUAUUGGACCAUAUCAACAGGAUGCGUGCAUCGGUGGAGCUCAUUGACAUAUACCUAGUUGCUGAGGGACAGAAGUUUCCAUGUCAUCGAGUAGUGCUAGCCUCAUUCAGUCCAUAUUUCAGGGCCAUGUUUACAUGUGGAUUGGUAGAAUGUAACCAAAUGGAAGUCACUCUCCAUGACAUCACUGCCGGAAGUGUCUCUAUUAUUUUGGAAUACAUGUACACAUCACAGCUCUACAUCAACAACCUAAAUGUCCAAGGAGUGGCCACCGCUGCCUAUUUUAUGCAGAUGGAUGAUAUCUUCAAGAUGUGUCAAACUUACAUGAUGGACCAUAUGGAUGCAUCAAACUGCAUAGGGGUCUUCUACUUUGCCAAACAAAUAAAUGCAGAUGACUUAGAAGAAAUGUCCAAGAAAUACUUAUAUCAACACUUCAGUGAGGUUGGCCUUUAUGAGGAGAUACUAGAAGUAGAGUUUCAACAGUUGAUGGCAAUGAUUAUGUCUGAUGACCUCAAUGUUUCUCGAGAAGAGAGCAUCCUAGACCUAGUUCUAAGAUGGGUGAACUAUGACAAGGAUCACAGGUCCCAAUACCUUAUUGAUCUCUUGAAACAAGUCAGAUUACUACUCGUGAGCCCCUCUUUCCUUCGAGAAGCAAGGAAGAGAAACACCAUUCUCUUGUGUAAUGCCCAGUGCUAUGACAUUGUUGAAGAGGCUCUAGAAACCAUUGAAAAAUCUACCCAAGUCUCUUUAAGUCUCCGCUAUGGAAUGGAGACCACAAGUCUUCUGCUCUGUCUUGGCAAUAAUGCCACAGGCAUCAGGUCAAAAUAUGGAAAUUAUGGAGAUGCCAGCUUUUGUUUUGCUCCUACAACAGGAAAAAUAUGUUACAUGCCAUCGCCAAAACAAGGAGAGAUGUUGGGCUCAGUGUUGACAGGUGUAGUGACAGAAAACAAUGAUAUAAUAUUGGCUGGGGAAGCAACAGCUGUGAGGUUGUCCAGGCAAAAAAGCAGUCGUAUUGAGAUCUGCAGGUACCACAACCGAGGUAACUAUUGCUGGGAAAAGCUCUGCACCGCUGAGUACCGGGAGCUGUAUGCUUUGGGCACUGUUCAAAAUGACCUCUACCUGAUUGGAGGUCAAAUGAAGCUAAAAAACCAAUAUGUCAUUACCAACUGUGUGGACAAAUACUUGGCGGAUAAGGACACCUGGAGGAGUGUGGCGCCACUGCCCCUUCCUUUGGCCUCCCAUGCUGUGGUCACGCUCAACAAUAAAUUAUAUGUGAUGGGUGGCUGGACACCACAGAUAGAUCACCCUGAUGAUGAACCUGAUCGUCUGAGUAAUCGCAUGUUGCAGUAUGACCCAAUCACUGACAAAUGGAAAACAUUGGCUCCAAUGAAAUAUUCCAAGUAUCGCUUCAGUGUGGCUGUGGUUAAUGGUGAAAUAUAUGUCUUAGGUGGCAUAGGAUGCACUGGGCCAGACAAAGGACAGGUCCGAAAAUGUCUUGAUGCUGUGGAGAUAUAUAAUGUGGAUGGGGAUUUCUGGAGAGAAGGUCCAGCUAUGCCUUACCCGCUGCUCACCCUAAGAAGUAAUGCAAGCAGCGCCGGUGCCGUGGAUGGCAAACUGUAUCUUUGUGGAGGGUAUCGUGGAGCAGAUCGACAUGAGGUAAUCACAAAGGAAAUUCUGGAGCUUGACCCCUGGGAGAACCAGUGGAACACCGUGUGUACCCGGGCACCUAUGCAUGAUUCCUAUGAUGUCUGUCUUGUUGCAAGACUAAACCCUCGAGACCUACUCCCUCCUCCACGGGACCUACUGGAGAGGUGAAAUUGCAUACAUAGUAUCCUGACCUCUGGAAAAAAGCUUUUAUUCCACAUUUGGUAAAUUAGAAGAAUCUUUAGAAGACAGUGAGCAGUGAUCUUAGCAAUGUCGAUUUUUACUGAGCAUGAAGUAUUGCUGUGCAAAAUUUGGUUAUUUAUAAUAUUGCUUUUUUUUCUGUGGCAAAGGCGCUUUGGGCCCACCCUUAGGUGCCAGCGCCCAGGUGCACCCUCUACAGCCAUACAUGGCGGUCAAAAAAUAUAGUUUCGAGAUAUCAAGCUGACCACAGUGUAUGCACAGUAGGGCAAUAUUGCCUGCAAAACCGAUACAUAACUGAGUAUAUUAAAGUGUAUGUUCUACUUUUAACACUGAUUUAUAUUUUCAUAUACUUUACAAAGAAUUUGCAAACAAUUUAUCUUAUUUCUCUUGAACAGAUCCUGUUGCAGCCUACAUUCAAAAUUUCUGCUGGUUGCCACUGGUAUCUUUACACGCACGCCUUUAGGAUAUUCUCCGAUACAGUAGAAUCUCCCAAUAGCGGACACUCACAGGGAAUAAAAAAGUGUCCACUAUUGGGAGAUGUCCCCUAUUAAAGGGGUACUCCAGUGGAAAACA